GCUUGACUGCUCGCCGCAGACGGGCUGCAGGCAGAGUCUACCCUGUGCUGUCCCCAGCCGAGGUCACCGCGGGAGAGUGCAAAGAAGGGCUCGAGAGAGCACCGCGUGGAUGGAUUCAAUGGCUAGUCCUGGGAAGGAUAACUACAGAAUGAAAAGUUAUAAGAACAAAGCCUUAAAUCCUCAAGAGAUGCGAAGGCGAAGAGAAGAAGAAGGAAUACAACUUCGAAAACAAAAAAGGGAAGAGCAGUUGUUCAAACGCAGAAAUGUCUCUUUGCCCAGAAAUGAUGACUGUAUGCUAGAGAGUCCCAUCCAGGACCCAGAUAUCAGUUCUACUGUACCUAUUCCAGAGGAAGACAUGAUCACAGCAGACAUGAUUCAGAUGAUUUUCUCUAAUAAUGCUGAACAGCAGCUGACUGCAACACAGAAAUUUAGAAAACUGCUUUCUAAAGAACCCAAUCCACCAAUAGAUCAAGUUAUCCAGAAACCAGGAGUUGUACAGAGAUUUGUAAAAUUUCUUGAAAGAAAUGAAAAUUGUACUUUACAAUUUGAAGCUGCCUGGGCAUUAACCAAUAUAGCAUCUGGAACUUUUCUGCAUACCAAGGUAGUGAUUGAAACUGGGGCUGUUCCAAUUUUUAUCAGACUUCUCACUUCAGAACAUGAAGAUGUACAGGAACAGGCUGUUUGGGCACUUGGUAACAUUGCUGGUGACAAUGCAGAAUGCAGAGAUUUUGUUUUGAAUUGUGAAAUACUUCCACCUCUUUUAGAGUUAUUAACAAAUUCAAAUAGACUUACAACCACCAGAAAUGCUGUAUGGGCCCUCUCAAAUUUGUGUAGAGGCAAAAACCCUCCUCCAAAUUUUAGUAAGGUUUCACCUUGCUUAAAUGUCUUGUCACGGUUGUUGUUUAGCAGUGAUCCAGAUGUGUUAGCAGAUGUGUGCUGGGCCCUUUCUUACCUCUCUGAUGGACCCAAUGAUAAAAUUCAAGUAGUCAUUGAUUCUGGAGUCUGCCGAAGAUUGGUGGAACUUCUGAUGCACAAUGACUAUAAAGUUGUAUCACCUGCAUUAAGAGCAGUUGGUAAUAUUGUAACUGGUGAUGAUAUUCAAACACAGGUCAUUUUGAAUUGUUCUGCAUUGCCCUGCCUUUUACAUUUGUUGGGUAGUUCAAAGGAGUCAAUUAGAAAGGAAGCCUGCUGGACCAUUUCUAACAUCACUGCAGGAAACAGAGUGCAGAUCCAGGCUGUCAUAGAUGCAAGUAUUUUCCCUGUUUUGAUUGAGGUCCUCCAGAAAGCAGAGUUUCGUACCAGAAAAGAAGCAGCAUGGGCUAUAACUAAUGCCACAUCAGGAGGCACUCCAGAGCAAAUAAGGUAUUUGGUAACCUUGGGCUGCAUUAAACCACUUUGUGACCUUUUGACUGUCAUGGACUCCAAAAUAGUUCAAGUGGCUUUGAAUGGACUUGAAAAUAUUUUGCGUCUUGGAGAACAAGAAUCUAAGCAGAAUGGAGUUAGCAUCAAUCCCUACUGUGCUCUCAUUGAAGAAGCAUAUGGCUUGGAUAAAAUAGAGUUUCUGCAAAGUCAUGAAAACCAGGAAAUUUACCAGAAGGCUUUUGAGCUAAUUGAACAUUAUUUUGGUGUAGAAGAUGAUGAUCCCAGUAUUGUACCUCAGGUGGAUGAAAACCAGCAACAGUUUGUAUUUCAGCAGCAGGAGGCACCAAUGGAAGGGUUUCAACUCUAACAGGAAGUCGAGAUGGGAUGAGACAAGAUGAGA